AUGGAUCCUGCUCUAAGACUCUCGCUUAUUCCACAAGAAAUAUCUCAAGCGGAAGAGGAAAAGCUCGAAUGUGAGCAAUUGCUUGGUCUGUUCUGGGAGCAUCUGCCUGCUAUCAAUCCGGAGGCCAUAGCACAAGUUAUGCAACAGAUUCGGGACCAGAUUCGCGGUCUCGAAGACCGGAAGAGGGCGCUCCUCGAAGAACAGCGUCAGCUCAUUCUUCAGGGAGCAAGUGGUCACCUGGGAGAAUAG